CGGGAGCUGUCGUCGUCGUUUGCUUGCUUGCCUGGAGCUCCAUGGCAAUUGCCUGUGCCUCCGCCGCCAGCCUCAUCACCAAACUCGGCCGCACCCCAGCCGAUCCAGUCCUUUUCUGCCGCGGUGCUUGACUGACACCUCUCGUCCAUCGUAUACCUCACAAGCUCCCUUCCUCCUACACACAACACCGCCAAGAUGUUUAUGGCCAGGUCUGAAUACGAUCGGGGUAUCAACACCUUCUCCCCCGAGGGCCGGCUCUUCCAGGUCGAGUACUCGCUCGAGGCCAUCAAGCUCGGCAGCACAGCUAUCGGGGUCGCGACGUCGGAGGGCGUGGUCCUGGGCGUGGAGAAGCGCGUGACGUCGACGCUGCUCGAGACGUCGUCGGUAGAGAAGAUUGUCGAGAUCGACCGCCACAUCGGCUGCGCCAUGUCGGGCCUGCAGGCCGACGCCCGCAGCAUGGUGGAGCACGCCCGCGUCGAGUGCCAGUCGCACGCCUUCAACUACAACGAGAACCUGCGCGUCGAGUCGUGCACCCAGGCCAUCUGCGACCUGGCCCUGCGCUUCGGCGAGAGCGCCGACGGCGAGGAGUCCAUCAUGAGCCGCCCCUUCGGCGUCGCCCUGCUCAUUGCCGGCUACGACGAGGACGGCCCCCAGCUCUACCACGCCGAGCCCAGCGGCACCUUUUACCGCUACGACGCCAAGGCCAUCGGCAGCGGCUCCGAGGGCGCCCAGGCCGAGCUGCAGAACGAGUACCACAGGUCUCUGACCAUCGCCGAUGCCGAGACGCUCGUCCUGAAGACGCUGAAGCAGGUCAUGGAGGAGAAGUUGGAUGCGAAGAACGUCCAGCUGGCCAGCGUCACCAAGGAGGCGGGCUUCAGAAUAUACACAGACGACGAGAUGGCCGCCGUCGUGGCCCGGUUACCCGUGAACUAAUCGUCGAAUGGAUAAAAUGGGGGGUUUUCAUGCAGGGGCUUUCCGUGAUUCGACUCACCCAAAGUCCCCUUGCGAGGCCAAUCGCGGGUUUUGUCAAUGAGCACCUGCAACUCUCGAUAAAAAGCGGCAAGGCGUCGCAGUCAUGAUAGAAGUGUCUGUUGGCAUGAAUCAUGAUUUGAUCCUUCUUCUCCGAGAAUCGUGAAGUCCAAGAGACAACGUCACCAAGCAGUGUUCCGACGGGUGGCCGUAUUACUUUGACGAUAUUUGUAUUAUUACUGCAUUUAUAUGAGGUUGCCACUCCCAUCGCGCCGCCAUCACGGCUGGUCCUCCCAUUCAGGUCCUCAAACACGGUAGCAGUUCGGUUUAUGAUCCCAGACCGCCAGUCAGUCCCCAAGACGACUCUAUUCAGCUCCCUACAGGUCCAACCUUUCCAUGUCCUGC